GGGUUUAUGGGACGCUGCGAACACUAGCUGAAUGAGCAGCUGAUGUGUGAGGACCUGGAGACAUAUGUGGAGCUUGUGCCACACAGUAGCUUUCCUGUGGAUACCUGCAGAGAGAGACGGCGGUGAAGUAACAGUGAAAUCCAUUCAUCAGGAUGAGAUCCAUUCGAUCAUUUGCUAAUGAUGAUCGCCAUGUUAUGGCAAAACACUCGACCAUAUACCCCUCUCCAGAAGAGCUGGAAGCGGUCCAGAACAUGGUGUCUACAGUGGAAAGUGCCCUGAAGCAUGUCUCAGACUGGAUGGAUGAGCGCAGUAAAAGUUCCACUGUGGAGAAUGAGCAGCAAAUCAAAGCUGAGGAAAAGGAAGAAAAUGCCAUGGACGAGAGCGGUCAGGUGCUAUGUGGAGUCAUGAGAAUUGGCCUUGUUGCCAAAGGCUUACUCAUUAAGGAUGAUAUGGAGCUAGAACUGGUUCUCAUGUGUAAGGAGAAACCAACAGAGAGCUUAUUAGUAACAGUACGAGAAAACCUUCCUCUACAAAUCCAGAAACUCACGGAAGAGUCCUAUCAAGUGGAGCACUCCAUAGAAGAUGCAUCGAUAAUCAUACAUAAUUCAAAGGAACCCAAAUUAACCCUUAAAGUGAUACUAACGUCGCCACUGAUCCGAGAAGAGGAAGACCGCGCAGGUGGAGUAGAAAAUGUUGCGAUGAAAGAUCCUCCGGACUUAUUGGACAGGCAGAAAUGCCUGAACGCCUUGGCGUCUCUGCGACAUGCCAAAUGGUUUCAGGCAAGAGCAAAUGGAUUAAAAUCUUGUGUAAUUGUACUCCGCAUUCUGCGCGAUUUGUGCAACAGAGUCCCCACCUGGGCGCGGCUGAAAGGAUGGCCACUAGAAAUCAUAUGUGAAAAAGCAAUAGGGACGUGUAACAGACCCCUGGGUGCUGGGGAAGCGUUGCGGAGAGCCAUGGAAUGCCUGGCAUCUGGCAUAAUUUUGCCUGGAGGGCCAGGUUUACAUGAUCCAUGUGAAAGAGAACCCACAGAUGCCUUGGCCUACAUGACCGUGAAAGAGCGAGAGGAGAUCACACAAAGUGCACAGCAUGCACUGCGUUUAUUAGCUUUUGGACAAAUAUACAAAGUCCUGCAGAUGGACCCUCUCCCCUCUAAUAAGCCCUUCCAGAAAUAUUCUUGGUCAAGCACAGACAGGGAAGGACUGAAGAGACCAUAUGAUGAUGGUUCUAGUGAUGACAAAGACCCAAAUAAGAAAAUGAGACGCAACUUACGCAAGGUUUUAGACAGCAAAGCCAUAGAAUCAAACCAGCCAAUGAAUGCACUGAUGAGACUGAACCAGAUCAGGCCCGGCCUGCAGUACAAGCUGCUGUCUCAGUCAGGUCCAGUGCACGCACCAGUCUUCACCAUGUCUGUAGAUGUAGACGGCACAACUCAUGAGGCCUCUGGACAAUCCAAGAAGACAGCCAAGCUCCAUGUUGCAGUAAAGGUCUUACAGGCUAUGGGUUACCCUACAGGCUUUGACACAGAUAUGGAAUGUCUUAGUUCAGAUGAAAAAUCAGAUAGUGAAGGAAAAAAUGAGACUGUCUCUUCAAAUUCAAGCAGUAACACAGGAAGCUCCAGCACGGAUGGCUCCAACACUCUCGAGGUCAGGACUCAGGGUCCCAUUCUUACGGCCAGUGGGAAAAAUCCUGUCAUGGAGCUAAAUGAAAAGAGAAGAGGGCUGAAAUAUGAGUUAAUAUCAGAGAGCGGGGGAAGCCAUGAUAAGCGGUUUGUGAUGGAGGUUGAAGUGGACACACAGAAGUUCAGAGGCGCUGGUCCAAACAAGAAAGUAGCGAAAGCCAGUGCAGCACUCGCUGCUCUUGAGAAACUCUUCUCCGGGCCAAAUGCAGUAAAUAUCAAGAAGAAAAAGAUUACUCCACAGACAAAAGGAGUAGUCAGCACAGCGGUAUCCGCCGCCGUACAGGCAGCUCGAGGACGUGGACGAGUGGCAUUGGCACGGGGAGCCUUUGUGGGGGCUGCAGCUGCUCCUGGCUACAUUACUCAAGGUUAUGCAGCCCCGUAUGGAUACAGCGCUGCUGCACCCGCUUAUGGAAUCCCGAAGAGGAUGGUUCUAUUACCAGUUAUGAAAUUUCCAGCAUAUCCAGUUCCCCACUACUCCUUUUUUUAACACAACGGACCAGACAGUCCAGAAUGUCGGAGAUGGAGCUUAUUUUCUUUGACCGUGGGAUUUUCUUUGUAAAGACCCUUUUUUUCCUACUUUUUUUAUUUUAACAAAAAAAAAAAAAAAAAACUACAUUUAGUUCUUAAAAACUUGAAGAAAAUUGUACUGUGAAAUGUUACCUCAUUUACAGAUAAAUUAACUCUUUUACUGCCAGUAGGCACAGCCAUGUAUAGAAAGUCUUAUCUGACAACAGAGGUAGGAAGCCUUCUGUCUUAGGGAAGAUGUAGAUGAUAAAAAGACAUAACUUUUAAAUGAAGAAAGAGACUGUAAAAUUAAUAAAUACAUUUGUGAAGGAUGUAUGAUAUCAAACUGAUAAGAAAAUAAAAUGUUUUGUCCUACACGCGUGCAGCAUCUACUUCCAGGGUCAGGACAGAAGAGAAAACAUUUGGCAGCUUUUUUUU